CCGCCGUCCCACUCCCGCGCGUCCUCGGAGACCAUCGCGCCUUCAGACUACUCCCAUCCCAACUACAAGCCGGAUCGGAUAGGUGUCGACUACCGUCAAUUCGGCGGGCGCACGCCCAGUCCGACCCCGAGCGAGGCAGAGGCACUGGCGGGAAAGACACGGAGCUGCGACAUCCGGAAAUACGCCAAGUACGUGAACAGGGAGUGGCUGAGCCAGCCGCGCAACCUCUUCACCGCCGUGGUCACCCUCAUCGUCAUUGGCGCCUUGAUCGCAUUCGUCGCACUCCAGCAGACGAUCAUCAACGCGUUAAAGCCCGCGUCCAACUGGCUGCUCCACACCCCCGGCGCGUGGGCCAUCCCCAUCGGAAUCAUGAUCAUCAUCUCCUUCCCACCGCUGUUUGGACACGAACUGGUCGCGGUCUUCACUGGUGUCGUGUGGGGCCCAUGGAUAGGCUUCGGGAUCACCGCCGCGGGGACCGUCCUGGGCGAGCUGUGCACCUACUUCGUUUUCAAGUACUUCUGCUCCGCCCGCGCACAGAAGCAGGAGGAGAAGAAGCUCAGCUACGCGCUCACCGCCGAGGUCAUCCGCCAGGGCGGCUUCACCAUCGCCGUCAUGGUCCGCUACAGCGCCAUCCCCGGCCACCUGACGACCGCGAUCUUCGCGACCUGCGGCAUGCCCCUCUGGACCUUCCUCGCCGCCGCAGUCCUCUCGCUCCCAAAGCAGUUCGCGGCCGUCUACCUCGGCUACGCCGAGAACCUCACCGGCGCGCAGGCGAAGGCGAAGCACGCGACGGCGAUCAAGGUCGCCGUCAUCGCCCUCACCGUGCUCGUCACCCUCUUCGCGAUGCGCUUCAUCAACGCGCGCAUCGACGCGAUCAAGGGCCCGCUCAUCUACCGCCGCCGCAAGGCGCGCCAGGCGCGGCUCGCGGGGCGUGGGUACGACGCGCGCGACGUGGAGGCGGAGGAGGACGGCGGCGCGGUGCCGCUC